UUCAGGACCUUAGACUCAGUUGGAAACUAUUUAUCUUACCAAGAGGUAAGAUUAUCUCUCGUGACUUCCGUAUACUUCGACUCAAACUGCAGUAGAUAUGUCGUCGUACAUUUCGCGUAUACUCAAGGCCCCGUCCGCAUCCAAGCGCCUGAUCUCGAAUUUGACCCAGCGCGAGGGUAAAUUGAACUCCUUGCUCCGUCGCUUGGGAUUGAACCGACAGGGGGGAGCAACGGCUGCUCCCGGAACGCGUCCCAUAUCCACAACUCAAGUUCAAAAGUCUGCCCUGAUUGAGGACGAACAACUUGUAACCGGCAUUCAGAAGCGCGAGAUGCAAUUGGCCAAGCAAGGCUGCGAGGAUCCCUGGGGAUUUACCAAGAUAAUUAGACGCGGCUCUGGGAGGGAGAACGAUCCCACAGAGGUGCCGUCGGCAUUCGAUGCCCGUCUUGUAGGCUGCCUGUGCCUGGACGACCGCAUGCCUAAGUGGAUGUGGCUUGAGAAGGACGAGGGACCAAAGCGCUGCGAGUGCGGCCACUUUUUCGUGCUAAAGAACGUGCCACCCGUCUAGAUGAAUAUUUCAGAGCGCUGUACAAGUACAUGGACACACUAUACACGAUCUUCGCCGGGCAUUAAACACAGCAUGAUAUUAUCAAAACAAA